AUGGAUUUCAUUGCCGGGGCCAUUGGAGGUGGUCUAAGCACAGCAGUGGGUUAUCCGCUGGACACAGUGAAGGUGAGAAUUCAGACUGAAAGGCAUUACAGUGGAAUUUGGCACUGCAUUCAGGAAACAUACAGGACAGAAAAAGUUUGGGGAUUUUACAAAGGUGUGUCUGCAUCAGUCCUCACAGUAUCAGUGAUUUCUUCUGUUUCGUUUGGCAUGUACAAAAACUUCCUUUGUACCAUCUGCAAGCUGCGAUAUGGGGCUGCAGAUGUGAAGCCGUCCAAGCUGGAUGUUUCUCUUGCCGGAGGUGCUGCUGGUGCUGUCCGGGUUGUGUUGAUGACCCCUAGUGAAGUGGCUAAAGUUCGCAUGCAGACUCAGAGGAACCCAUAUCCUUCCAUCGCAUCUCCCCAGCCUGUUUCCAAGCCAAAGUACCGAGGGUCUCUGCACUGUCUGAACAUGAUCGCCAAGGAGGAAGGUUUUGUGGGUCUCUACAAGGGCUGCUCUGCAUUACUUUGCAGAGAUUGCUCUUCUUCUGCAAUAUAUUUCCUUACCUAUUCUGCUCUGUGUGACUGGCUCACACCAGCUGGUAAAAACAAACCAGGUUUCCUCGUUGUGCUGCUUUCUGGUGGUUUCGCUGGAGUCCUGGCCUGGGGAUUAGCUACUCCCAUGGAUGUCAUCAAAUCACGGAUGCAAACAGAUGAAUCGGACCAGCAUAAAUACAAAGGCCUUGUCCACUGUGUUAGGGAAAGUGUGAGAAAGGAGGGUGCAAAAGUGCUUUUCAAAGGACUGGGUUUAAACUGCAUUCGUGCCUUUCCUGUGAACAUGGUGGUGUUUGUUUCGUACGAAGCUGUACUGAGAUUUACAGAUCAUUAUACAAACAAAAAAUAG